CAGAAAUAAAGGGACCUCGUGCCUGACACAGGGAAUGGAGAAAGGGAGAAUAUUCCCAGAGUUCUUGGGAUCACUCGUAGCAGCUCCUCCAGAGGCUGGAGAAAGGGAAAGCUCCACUUCCAGAAUGUUUGUGGUCACUCAUAGCAGCUCGUCCAGCCAGCAAGGAAUUUCUAUGGAAUUCCUUCCCAUGCAGUGGCUGUCCCAGGCCAGCAGCCCCAGCUGCCUCCAGCUGCUGAAUUCCAGCUGUGGUCACUGCCCCCAUCCUUCUCCACUCAUUUCACAGCUGGACGUGAAAAAUUCCAGCUCUGCUGAGUCCUCCAGCCACUUCCCAGGAGUUGUUCCCCUCUGGAAGGUGGCAGCUGAAUUCCAAGUACCCCACACGGAGGGACAACGCUGGAUUUUGAGUUGUGGCUUUGCUUUUCCCCAAACGAGCUCCUGCUUCCCCUUCAGCCUCAGGAUGAGCUCGGUUCCACACCAGAGUGAUGAAAUUUCCCUUCUUUUCUGGUGCAAAGGGAAACAUUUCCUGCCAGCACCUGGAUCCCCACGGUGGUGUGGGAAUGGCUUAUCCAUGAUCCUGGCUGCUGGAAGCUCCCCUAGCCCAGUGGGAGCCAGCACGGAGAGAUGGAGAGAGAACAUCCCAGGGGAAUCUGCUCCAGGUGGAUCCGGGAGUGAUCCUGGCCAGGGGACACCAGUGACCUGGGGACAUCCAGGUGCUGAGCACAGCUGCUGUCAAGACAUGGGUGAAAUUCCUGGAAUCAGCAGCUCCUGGAACUGGGAUUUGAGGAAACGCCUGCCUGGGGAUGUUUCACAACUCACCAGAGCUGGCACUGUGCCUUCAGUCAGUGCAAAACGCUCCCGUGCCAAUGCCAAAGGGAGCACAGCAGGAAAUCCAGCCCUAAACACCAGAAAUAUCCAGGAAAAGCAGGGAUCUGCAAGCUGUGUUUAUGCCUUCAGCUUUUAAACCUGCUCUCCUCAGCCCAAUCCUCCAAAAAGGGGUUUGUUUUCACAUGUGGUUGGCAUCUCCUCUCCCAAAAAAAGCCCAAGUUGUUCAAACCAGAUCUCCAGGGUCACCAUCCAGCGUUUCACACCAUCCAUGGAUUUCAGCUUCUUUGAUGAGACCAAACACAUCCCAAGGGGAAAAGGGGAGGAAUCAGCUGGAAAUGCAGGAUUUAGGCUUUAAUCCCUCAGGAGUGAGUUGGAAUUUCCCAGGAAUGGAUCAUCCUAGCUGCUCAAAGACUCAUCCCACGCUUGGCCAGCCUUCCAAAGGAGCUGUGCUGCUGGAAUUUGACCAUCCCAGGAAAACACCUCCACUGCCUUUUUCCAUCAGGAUUCCCUGCAUCCUGCUGGGAUUCGAUAUCCAGGUUGAAAUGUGCCUGAUAUCCAAGGAUUUUGCAUUUCUGUGGAUUUUUUCUUCAUUUUUUCUUGUCUUUCCCCACCAGCAGCCUCCAGCAAUGCCAGUUGUGGAGGAUGAGCUCAUCCCGACACGUUGGGAAGCAGAACAGGGAAUACAGCCAGGAUGAUCCCAAAUGGAGAUGCUGCCAUGUGAUGUCACCCCAUGUCCAAAUGCAGCUUCCCAAGGAUGCACAACAACAGCUGGAAGCUGGAGGAUCCACACCUGGAAAAACCUGGCUGUUCUCCUUAAAAAAAUAUCAGGAAAAGGCCCGGAGAUGUGGGGUUUUUCUGCUCAAAAUUUAAAAGCCAUGAACCAGAAAAAAAAAAAAAGUGGAGAAAAGAGAAAUUUCACAAAACUGGAUGCAAGAAAAAUCCAUGAGAAAUACCAAAAUCAUGGAAAUAAAUAAAAUUUCCACAUUUUAACUCAAAAAUAUUUCCAGUUGAGCAGAAGAGGACAGGAUGCCCGGUGGGAACGUCGUGGGAUGCAGCAGCACAUCCCAAAUUACCCAUCAUGUGAACUAAGAAAACAAAUAUUAUUUGUUUUCUCUAACACCCCCUAAACCCAUGGUUUUUGCCCCAAACAACAAUCCUGGUGGCAGCACUGCUGCCUGGAAUGUUGUUGGGAUGUCUGGGAUCCAUGUUCAGUGAGGAAUGGAUUUGGGAGGGCUAUUUUUAGCUCGUUCCUGAGGCUCAGGGCUCGUGUCUUCCCAGUUCAUGGUGCUCUUCUGGCUUAUUUUUGUCACCAAAGACUUGGACAUUCCUGGC